AUGUCACUCCUCUCUCAGUUAAUAUUCCCCAAUGCGAGCCGCGGCACUUCUCAAUUGGGAGAAGUGUCCCUCCGCCGCAUGUAGAGCCGACUGAAGGGAAGCAGAGCCUCAGUCAGUCUGCUGGCAUAGAGGGAAGCUGCAGCGACUUCUCCGGUUCUUUAUUUCUCGCAGGUGUCUCACUCCUUUUCCUCGCCAGAACAAGUCAGCUGGAUUAAACAAAACAAGAAGAAAACAAAAACAAAGAAAGGAAAAAAAACAGUCUUUUCCGACGUGCACUCCACCCGAUGUGAAAAAGACAAGAGAGGGGAAGAGCAGAUAAAACAGAAGAGAAAUGGGAGCGUUCAGGGUGCUGCUGGGGAGUUUACAUUACAUGGGACUCUACAUGCAACUUAGUGUCUCCACAAGGCAAGCUGGACACGGCGAGGUACAGAACCACAUCUCUGGGAACGCCAUGUUCACAGAGGUGCCUCAUGAUAUGACUGCUCAGAGAGGUCAGGAUGUGGAGAUGGCCUGCUCCUUCAGAGGGGCGGGAACGCCCUCAUAUUCCUUGGAGAUCCAGUGGUGGUACAUCAGGAACCAUCUUGACUGGACGGACAGACAGCCCUGGACAACCAAUGAAGUGGUGGAGGAGGAGAUGCCAAAGGAUGCUACAAAGAUAAGUGUCGUGAAGGUUGUAGGAAGCAACAUCUCCCAUAAACUCCGCCUUUCUCGGGUCAAGCCUUCUGACGAGGGCACCUAUGAAUGCCGCGUCAUCGACUUCAGCGAUGAUGAAGGUACCCGCCACCACCGCGUCAGAGCCUACCUGCAGGUGGUGCCGGAGAGCGUCAUCGUCAACAGCAACCACAACGACAACUUCGAGGCCCUGGACGAUACUAAGAGAGGUGUGGCAUUCGUUGACGGGGACGAUGUGUCUCACGGUGGCACCAAAGAGCAUGCUCACGGUCAUCACCAGAAUCAUGGGCACCACCAGGAGCACGGGAAGCGGCCUUCGACGCCGGCUCACCACGGCCACAGCCACAGCGAUAGCAGUCAGCAGCACAAGGAAGGCAAAGAGCUGAGGAAGAGGGACGUGGACAGUAACCAUAGCCACAAUGACUGCACCAACGAGCCGAGCUGUACACUGUAGAUGUUGGUUUAUUACAGGGUGAUAGAUUACACAAGGAUUGCAUAACAUGAUAUGUGUCAUGGCAUAAAAAGCUAUACUUCCCACACAGUGCAAGCCUGUGCACAAAUCCAGAAUCCCUAGACAUGUACAGUAUGGCUCAUUCAGAGCACAGUGCUGUAAACUGUGCUGGUGGUGUAGCUUUUUCUUGCUGUGCAUGGGUUUGGGCUGCUCACUGUCUGUAAGGCCUGGCCUCAUAACAUUCAGCAAAGGGGACUGAUGUAUAGAUCUAAGCAGCGCCACUGUUUCUGUUACAAACACCAACACAAAAAAAAGACUCUUGUCUUACUAUUAACCCAUGCUCCUCUUGUACUUUAUAUACUGUAAAUGACACAACCCCGCUAUCACGCUCAUACUUCUUCCACUGCCUUACUCUCUCAUUUGAUUCACCCUCAGAAAAAUAUAGAAUGUUACAACUUUUGGAACUGGGUCCAUCCCCAGUGAAAGAAAAUGUUCCUUUGAUUCUGAGAGUGCACUGAAUGAAGCCAUCAGUAAUUCUUUCCUCAGAAACCUUAGCUUUUUACCUUCAUUGCAUCUUUUUGUGUAUUGCAAUAUUGAGACAUGAAUAUGGUGCAAAAUCUGUACACACCCAAAUUCUGCUAGUUAUUCAAACUCACAUGGAGAAAGAAAUAUGUUUUCUUUAACAGGAAUUCAUCAAGGACCCAGAGCAGCAGUGCUCAACAAGGACGUAUACGGCCUCAAUUCAUCCAUUCAAUUGGUGUUACUGCAGUGGCAGUGUGGAAAGUCCAAGAUUUCUUUUACCUUUCUGCGAAAAUUCAAACAAAGCACAUCAUUGGCUGUAUUCUCCCCACAGCACUGAGCUCAUGAGUUUACCACGCAACAGAAAAUAUCAUCCAUUCAUGGCUGUUAAGGCUGAGCGAAAUCAAUCAAGUUGUUCCAUGUGGACCCACCUGUUUGGAAAGCCAUGAAAAGAUCAAAAUCCGUGCCACUAAAUUAAAAAUCUGAUUCGGUGCACCUGUGAAUCUACUCUGCGACUAUAAAUCAAUGGAAAGAAAUGUGAUCUUGGUGCACAAUAAUUUUCGGGAAGAGCAAUGCUGUACCUAUCCAAGCUUCGCUCCCUUAUUCCAGUGCUCUGGCCCAGUGCUCAUCAAUCAUUUAAAAAGCCUCAAUCCUCUCCGCUACACUACAAGCCUCUAAUCCACUCUGUAUAUAUGACUGUAUAAUAUGAAACAAAGUGAGUGCAUGUUCAGUAAUUUUCUUAAAAACUUUUUCAACCAACCAUACACAAAAACAGUGUGUUAGUAAAAGAUAUGUUGUCAUUUAUUAGUUUGGUUAUAAAAAAAAAAGUCCAUUCUGCUCUCAAUUCUUUUUUUUUCAGUCCUGUCAAAUAGAGAUCUUUUUUUGUUCCAAAGCAGUUUUUUCCAGAAGUGCUGUACAGACAGAUGAAUGACACAUUCUCUUCAUAGCUGCUCAGAAAGGGUUUUCCCUAAUGUAUCUUAGUACUUAAACAGUGUUUCUUAAACUACUGUACUGUAUGUGCAGGGCCGCUAACAUGAGUGUUUGCCGUGUUUUAAUGAGCUUGAUCGUGGGACUCACUCCACGAAGUUUGGGACUUGGUCUGAAAAAAGGUUUAAGAGGCCAUUUUAUUUCUGCCAAUUUUGUAACUCGAUGAUAAUCUCUUUGCUUUAGAUGCUUGUGUGAAGCGACAGGACGACACUUCGCUCUGUAGGGAUCAAAUGGGACAAAAGGAAUGUGGGUAACGUGUUGGAUAAAGCCUUGAGCGGUGAGGGUGAGAAUGAAGAGGAAAAUGUUGUUAGUGAAACGCUGAAAUUGGCUGCCUCAAAAUAUAGUCUGUGUCUCAAGGCCAUGAGGGGCUUCUCUGCUGUAUUAUCCAUCGGAGGAACUACAGUGCAGUCCUGUCAUGCUGAGAGGGUGCUUUAGUGGAAGGAGGAGCAAUCAGUGGGACUGUUUUGUUUUUUCCGAGUAACUUUGAUUUGAUGUUUUGUAAAGAAGAGAUCACGGUUUAAAAAAAAAAAAGUGGGAAAAUGUACAUUUCUUCUAGAAUGUUUGGUCUCACACUAUGUGUAUGGCUUUAUCAAAUGAAAUAAAUUGUAUAUGAAAAAA